AUGAACGCAUCCACCUCGGGGUCGGCUGGCGGACAGGGUGCUUCGUCAUCGCAAGCGCACACUCCACGGAAGGGAAGGAAGAUUGGAACCCAAGAGCGGCCGUUGGAGACGAAGUAUUAUGACAUCCUAGGUGUACCCGUAGAUGCGAGCACGGAGGACAUCAAGAAGGCAUACCGUCGUCUGGCUAUCAAGCACCAUCCAGACAAGAAUCGCGAUGACCCGGAGGCAGAGGACCGGUUCAAGGAGAUCGCAAUCGCAUAUCAGACUCUGUCAGAGCCUGAGCUCCGGAAGAAGUACAAUGAAUUCGGGGCGAAGGAGAGUGCGCCGGAGGGCGGCUUUGUGGAUCCAGAGGAAUUGUUUGGCACCAUAUUCGGCGGCGAACGAUUUGUGCCUAUCAUAGGGCACAUCAGUCUUGCAAAGGAUAUGAAAGCGGCGCUCCAGGAGGCAGACGAGAUGGAAGAGGAAGAGGGAGGUAGACCAAUACAGCGCGACGCAAAGGGACGCGAAAUUCUCAGCCCUGAGGAAAAGGCGCGACGAGAGGAAAGAGCACGCAAAACAGCAGCUGAGAAAGCGGCUGUGCGUGCAGGGCGAGUGCAGAAGCUUGUUGAAAAUCUGGAACGCAAGCUUGGGAUUUUCACUGAGUCUGCAACUGGUCCGAGCGAUGCGCAGGUCACAGAGAGUUUCCGGACCAUUUGUCAGCUAGAGGCAGAUGAUCUAAAGCGCGAAUCUUACGGUGCAGACUUGCUGCAAACCAUUGGUUUCGUGUACGUUGCGAAAGCGAAGCAGCAUCAAGCAACAAAUCAGACAUUCCUCGGUGUCGGUGGCUGGAUCCACAGCGUUCAAGGAAAGUAUCAUGUAUUCAGCGAGACAGUGUCUACUGUCCGCGCUGCUAUGGACUUGAAGAAUGUCUUUGAGCAGAUCCAAGCUGCGGAGAAGGCGGGGAAUCUCAGUCCUGAGGAGAAACGGCGGCUGGAAGAGCAGGCCGCAGAGAAAGGUCUACAAGCGCUAUUCAAGGGAACAAAGCUAGAGAUUGAAUCCGUGCUGCGUGAGACAUGCGACCGCGUACUCGAGGAUCCGUCACUUUCGAGAAACAAAGCUCAGCUACGCGCACUUGCACUUCAAAUUCUAGGCGAGGCCUACAUGACGGUUAAGAAGGAUCAGGAACAGGUAGAAUCACGAGAGGAAAGCGAUCUUUACGAUCUCCUACAAGACACAAUGUCAGACAAUGUAACUGGGACUAUAUUGGAUUCCAGCGCGCAGAAAAAAUACGACCUCAUCACCCGGCGGCUGCAGGAAGUCCUGGGAGCAGAUACACUCAAGGCCAUUCUCGCGGAGGGAAGAUCGCCAAAAUGUUACUGGGGCACGGCGCCCACUGGAAGGCCACAUAUUGGCUACUUUGUGGCGCUUACUAAGAUAGCUGAUUUCUUGAGAGCGGGUGUAGAGGUCAAAAUUCUACUUGCAGACGUGCACGCAUUUCUGGAUAAUCUCAAGGCACCUUUAGAGCUUGUAGCUCACCGAACGAAAUACUACCAGCAUUUACUCCUUGCCGUGUUCACAUCUUUAGGUAUCCCUACUAACAAGCUACGUUUUGUGGAGGGAUCCUCUUAUCAACUCACAAGAGAAUACAACCUCGACAACUACAAGCUAUGCGCGAUUGUCACUGAGCACGAUGCAAAGAAAGCCGGAGCCGAGGUCGUUAAGCAAGUGGAUAGCCCUUUAUUGAGUGGGCUUUUGUACCCUGGUCUGCAAGCACUAGAUGAGCAAUACUUGGGAGUCGACUUCCAAUUUGGUGGUGUGGACCAGCGAAAAAUCUUCACCUUCGCUGAGCUCUACCUUCCCCGUCUAGGGUAUGCAAAACGCGCACAUCUAAUGAAUCCAAUGGUUCCCGGGCUCGCUGGUGGCAAAAUGUCGUCCUCUGAUCCGGAUUCGAAGAUCGACUUCCUCGACACGCCCGCCGACGUGAAGCGCAAGAUCAAAAAGGCGUUCUGCGAGGAGGGAAAUAUCGUGGACAACGGUGUCCUGGCGUUCAUCAAAACUGUCAUCAUUCCUAUCAGCCAGCUGCGGCUCGAGCGUGCGCGCGGGGAGACAGGGGCAGACGCAGAUGAGGGUGCGAACGCUGUCGGUUCUCAGACGGCAUUCGCGCUAGAAGGCGCACCCGAAGGCACUGUUUUCUCCGUCUGCCGAAAAGAACAGUACGGCGGACCAUUGCACUACCAGACCUACGAGCAGCUCGAAAGUGAUUUUGCUGAGAAGAAGCUUCAUCCGGGAGACUUGAAAAAUGCGGUGCAAGAUGCGAUCAUUCAGCUACUGGAGCCAAUUCGCAAGACUUUCGAGGAGAGCGAGGAAUGGCAGAAAGAGGAGAAACUGGCUUACCCGACUGAUACAAAACCCGAGAAGAAGAAAAAGAAGGAGAAGGUCUACCAUCCGCCGCCACCAGGUAAGGGAAAGAACUCGAACGUGGAGGCCAGUACGAAUGCAAGUAGCGAUGCUCAAACAGCCACCAAGGCGCCAGAAACAUCAACAUAG